UGCGUUACGCCGAGACCCUGCGGAGGCCUGAGCAGGAGCUGGCUGUGAUCCACGUCUCCCUGGCUGCCACCUACGGGGACCUGAAGGAGCAUGGCCGGGCCGUGCAGCACUACCAGGCCGAGCUGGCACUGCGGCGCGGGAACCCACUGGAGGAGGGGAAGACCUGGCUGAACAUCGCCCUGGCCAGGGAGGAGGCCGGCGAAGGCUACGAGGCGCUGGAGCCCUGCUUCCGGAGCGCGCUGCAGUGUGCGGAGCGGGCCGGGGAGCCCAGACUGCAGCGGCAAAUCCUGCGGCACCUUCACCCCGUGCAGCAGAAAUGGGGGUGCCCCGAGGCCCGCGACACGCUGGCCAGGCUGCAGGGCUGGAGCGCAGCCGGGGACAGUGACGAGGAGGAGCUGGGGGACAGCGAGCCCCUGGAGGAGAGCGACCUGGAGCUGUCUGAGAGCGAUGGGGAGGAAGACGACCUGGACGGCUACAACAAGAGCGUGCCCGGCCGGCGCCGGAUCACCAAGUGGAACCGGCGGAACGACCGAGGCGAGACCCCGCUGCACCGAGCCUGCAUCGACGGGAACCUGCGCCGGGUCCAGAUCUUCCUGGAGCAGGGUCACCCCCUGAACCCGCGGGAUUACUGCGGCUGGACGCCCCUGCACGAGGCCUGCAACCAUGGGCAUCUGGAGAUCGUCCGGCUGCUGCUGGAGCGUGGUGCCUCCAUCGAUGACCCCGGGGGGCCGGGCUGCGAGGGGAUCACCCCCCUGCACGACGCCCUCAACUGCGGCCACUUCGAGGUGGCGGAGCUGCUGCUCCAGAGGGGUGCGUCGGCGGUGCUGAGGAACGCCAAGGGCCUGAGCCCGCUGGGCACCCUCCAGGAGUGGGUGAGGAUGUACGGCAAAGACCUGGACCAGGAGACGCGCCAGCGCUGCCGAGCCAUGGAGCGGCUGCUCAAGGAGGCCGUGGCGGGGCGAGGUGAGGCCAGGCUGGGCAGGGGGGAAGCUGAGGGGCGUCUCCGAGGGGGCAGCAUUGAGUGGGCAGCGGCCCCGGCCCCAGCCCGCUCUUUCGUUUUCACCCGGUGCCCCUGGCUUUUCUGCUGA